AUGUCUAGUGCUUCAUCAUCGCCAUUUACGCAGGCAGUUGUGGCGGCUGUGAGGAACUUAUAUCCCGAGAAACUGGCGGAUAGCAGUUUUGAUAACACAGGACUUCUCCUUGAGGCACCACAUCGGAAGAACCACCUCAAGAACUCGGUGCUUUUAACAGUAGACCUUACGAAGGGAGUCGCAGAUGAAGCAAUUAGGAGGAAGGACUCAGUAGUCAUUGCAUAUCAUCCAAUCAUUUUCCGAAGCCUGAAAGCUAUCACCCUUGCAAACACCCAGCAACAGUCACUCCUCCGUCUAACUCAAGAGGGUAUCAGUGUCUACUGUCCGCAUACAGCGGUUGAUGCUGCGCCCGGUGGCCUCAAUGAUUGGCUCGCAGACGUGGUAACAGGAAAGGCAAACAGCGAAGGACAAAGCGACGCCGCAGCACAUACCAAGGAAGUCAUAACCCCAGUUAAAGAUGCCGUUCCAGGCUUCGAAAGCGCCGGUUAUGGCCGCAUUGUCCACUUCGAGCAACCUCAACGACUCGGCACGCUAGUGGAGCGGAUCACAAAUGGCCUCGGGCCUCUAUCAGGAAUCUGUCUAGCCGUCCCACAGGAUACCCCUACGGGUUCCAAGGCAGAUCUUAAAAUCUCCUCUGUUGGGAUUUGUGCCGGCUCUGGUUCAAUGCUCAAUGGGCAGGAUGUGGACUUGCUGUUCACUGGGGAGCUGAGCCACCACGAAGCGCUGGGGGCAAUCGAGCAGGGUAAGGUUGUUGUCACGGUGUUUCAUAGUAACUCGGAGAGGAGAUUCUUGAGCCAAGGGAUGAAGCAGGAUCUUCACACGCACAUCGCCGAAGCAUUGAAAGCCCAGGCCGCGAGUACGAGGCUGGAUGGCGCAAACCCGGUAGCUGGGGAGGUCCCCAGUUACCGGGUUUGGUUUGACGUCGCCGACUUUGAGGUGGCGGUUAGCGAGGUGGAUAGAGAUCCGUAUGAGAUUAUCGUGGCAGGGUCGAGUGGUUGGUAG